AUUUGUAAUUAUCAUUUCUCAUGAGGAGACGUUCACUUCCACAUCAAGGAAUCAUUCCAGGCAUUUUAAACUCAAACACCAAACCAUAUUGAUUCAUAAUAUCGGCCAUGAACCCCAAAUAUUCACUCAUAGUGUCAUUUCUGCUGCAUCUGAAAGGUGUAUUUGUUCGGACAGACAACUGUGAGUGGUCGCACUGAAUCAGUCUGUGCUCCUACAGGAUCAUCUUUGACUCUUAAUUCCAGUUGUAAAUAUCCUGAUGGAUAUACAUUUCAGUCAUUGUGUAUCCACAGAUCAAAUAAUGGAGAAACAGUUUCAGAUCCCUGUAAGGACUCUCGGUGUAUAUAUAGAAACAAUCACUAUAACUGUGACAUAACAAUUCAUGAUCUAAAAGAGACAGACGCUGGCACAUAUUAUAUGAGCUUUACUUACAGUAAAGGAAACUCUACCUUUACCUCAAUUAUUCCAAUAGAAUUCACUGUACAUGUCACAGAUCUUCAGGUGACUGUCGACUCCGACGGUCAGAACGUCACACUGACCUGUAAGACCAGCUGCCCUCCAACCGCCAGCAAACGCUCCUUCAUCUGGUGGAAGAAUGAGGAGCGUUUGGAUCCGCAUCAUUCCCGCGAUGAGCUGAAUGUUUCAGCGGUGAGCCGUGAGGAUUCAGGCCGAUACUCGUGUGCGCUGGAGAGCUUUCAAACGUUCCGCUCGGCCGAGACGCUCCUCGGUGUCGACCCUCCAGAUGUGGUGGGAAUCAUAACGCUGUCGUCUCUCCUGACUCUCAUUGCUCUGCUGCUGAUCUGUGCAGCUCUGUGGAGGAUAAGAAAAAAACGACAAUCCCUUAUAAGACCCGAAGGAAAAGAGCAAAUCACACAGAAUUACACUGUGAAUGCAAAGGACUCGACUCUGGCUGUGACCUUUGACCUGGGGGAGAAAGGAAAGUCAGUUCAUCAGGAGGAACUUCUGUACUCUCAUGUCCAUUUCAGCGAGUUUCCAAAUGCCCAGUUUUUUGUGAAGGAAGCUGAAGUCCAGUACUCUGAGAUUCGCAGUGCUGCCCUCUACUGAGCGACACAACAACUGCACUAUAUGAUAUCAGCUUAUAUACACACUGCGUGUUUAACCCUGUAAAGCCUGACAUAUGAAGAAAUAAUAUGAAAGAUGUUUUUUUUUUUAAAAAUGGAUCAGUUUAUUGAAAAAAAAUCAAAAUGUUUGCAUAUGUGUUUUUUGUUAAGUAUCAUAUUUGAUGCAUCAGAUUAGUAAUGUAAAUCAUUGAUAUCUUUAUAUCACUAUAACAGACUACUAAAUUAAAAUGCAAAUAAAUAUCAAUAUCUAACAA